AUGGCUGCACCGCCACCCAUGAACAUGACAGCCAUGAUGCACCACCACAAGAUGCUGAUGCACAUGACCUUCUUUUGGGGAAAGAGCGCUGAAAUUCUCUUCUCUGGCUGGCCUGGAAGUUCUGAUAAGAGGCCGUACAUGUAUUUUGUGGCUUUGCUAUUUGUUUUUGUGCUUUCCAUUCUUGUUGAGUGGCUAUCCCAUUGCCAAUUGAUCAAGCCUGGCUCCAACCAUGUGGCGGCUGGUCUAGUCCAGACUCUAUUGCACGCUUUGCGGGUUGGUUUAGCCUAUAUGCUCAUGUUGGCUGUCAUGUCUUUCAAUGGUGGUGUGUUCUUGGUUGCUGUGGCUGGGCAUACUCUGGGGUUCCUGUUUUUUGGCAGUAGGGUUUUUAAGAAAACCCAAAUUCCUCCAAAAACCUCUGAUCUUCCUCCAAUAAGUUGUUGA